GGUGGAGACACUGCAGAGGGAGUUAAAUACUGCAAUCAACACCUGGGAUCUUUAAACCGGUGUGGGAAGACUGUCUGCAGUGCCACAGGUAGCGAUUGUUUUUGUUUAGGUUUAAACUUUUCCAGUCAAGCAUCAUGGCCUUCUUCAAGAAAUUCUUCAAUAAUGUCAUCCCUCAGAAAGACCCUGACAACAGCUAUGUCACAGUGAAGGAUAAGCCCAAACCCCCCUAUUACGGAACAGUCACUCCUUAUCCAAACUUCAACGCCACGAGUGAUGCUUCCACUCUUCAGAGUGCCAUUAAAAGCAAAAAAGUGGACAAGGAUGUGAUCUUUGCCAUCCUGGUGAAGAGAAGCAACGAGCAGAGGCAGAAGAUCAAGGCUGUGUAUGAAGCCUCGGCUGGGCAGAGUUUGGAUAAAGCUCUGCAGUCAGUUCUCUCCUCACAUCUGGAGGAUCUGGCUCUCGCUCUGAUCUCAACGCCCGCUCACUUUGAUGCCUACCUGUUUAGGAAGGCCACAAAGGGUUUGGGCACCCAUGAACACAUCCUGGUGGAGAUUCUGGCAUCAAGAACAAAUCAAGAGAUUCGAGAGAUCAAGAGGGUCUACAAAGAAGUGUACAAAACGGAGCUGGAGGACGUUAUUAAGGCAGAGACCAGGGGGGACUUCACCACGGCCCUCCUGGCCAUGCUUAAGGCAAAUAAAGACGAGAGCACGGAAAUCAACAACGAUCUGGUCAAAAGGGACUCAGAGGUCCUGUUUGAGGCAGGUGAGAAGAUCAAAGGAACCAAUGUUUCUGCCUUCAUCGACAUCCUGACCACGCGCAGCGCACCGCAGCUCUGCAAAACGUUCCAGCAGUAUGCUACCAUCAGUGACCUCACCUUACCUAAAGCCCUGCAGCUGGAGCUGAAGGGAGACAUUGAGGACUGUCUCAUUGACAUCGUAAAAUGUUCCUGGAACACUUCGGCUUUCUUCGCUGAGAAACUCCAUCAUGCUAUGAAGAACGCCGGCACAAAUGAGGACACUCUGAUCCGGGUGCUGGUGAGCCGCUCUGAAGUAGACCUAAAGAAGAUCGUGCAGGAGUACAAGGCCAUGUAUGGCGUCAGCCUCCAGGAGGCCAUACGGAGGGAGACUAAGGAACAUUUUGAGAGCGGCCUGCUUGCACUGUGUGGACCUGAGUGAAAUUCAGUUUUCUGACAUUCUGAAACCACUUUACUGGACCUGGAGGCCAGCUUGUCCAUCGGAUGGCGGUGAAGUCUCACAGCUUUCCAAAUGAUACAAAUACCGUAACCAAGCUGUCUUGAGUUGAUGUAAUCCCACUAAGAAUAAAAUAUCAUAC